UGUCUCCGGUGGCCAGCACGUACCAGCACAACGAUCACUCAAAGUCUAAACUUCAAUUUUUAUCAUCAAAUGUCGAAAGGAAGAAAAUCAACUUAUUUUGGAGUGCGAUUUUCCUGUUUUCGGGAGUGAAUCCGUGAUUUUGAGGUUUUGUGAAAGGAAAUCGAGGGGUUUGGGGAGCUAUUGAGGGAUAGAGUGCGAAAGAUGGAUGAGGCGAAGUUCCUGAAACGGAAGGUGAGGUCGGGGACACUGGAUGUUCACCCCACGGAGAAGGCUCUGGUGGUUAACUACGACGUGGAGGCACUCAUUCUGGGGGAGCUGGGUGACCCCAUGCUCGGGGAUCGCAAGGAAUGUCAAAAAAUAAUCAGAUUGAAGAGUUUGAAUGCCGAUACGAAUGUCUCCCUGCUGGCCAAGGAGGUGAUGGAGAAAUGCUCCUUGAUUCAUGAGUCAAAGCUCCACGAGGUCGAGCAAUUAAUCUAUUAUUUACAGAAUAGGAAGAUCAAUAACGAAGGUUUCGACGGUAAUUUUCACCCACCGAGGCCCACCUCCUCCACCUCCACGACCCUCCCCCCCUCUGAGAAUGGGGACCUGGAGCGGGCAGUCAUCUCCAACGUCGACAGCUACAUAGAGCUCCUCUACGAGGAGAUCCCAGGCAAAGUGAAAGGCUCAGCCCUGAUCCUCCAGCUGGCCAGAGUCCCAGACAACCUUCUGGAGCUCACGAAGAACGAGUCCCUCCUCAGUGCCCUGGCGAGAGUCCUCAGGGAGGACUGGAAGCGCAGCAUAGAGCUCUCCACCAACAUCAUCUACAUCUUCUUCUGCUUCUCCACGUACUCUCAGUUCCAUAAUAUCAUCUUGGAGUACAGGAUUGGCUCGUUGUGCAUGGAAAUCGUCGAGUUCGAGCUCUUGAGGUACGACCAAUGGAAAGACGACAUGGAGAAACGUCGUCGUCACUUCGAGACCUCCACAGGGCUGGUCCUCUUCCCGUCGACCAACGGUGAGAACAACGACAAAAAGCUCAAGCUGACCGACGACAUCUGGAGCACAGAGGGGCCCCUGGACUACGAGCUAAAGCGAAGGUCCACCGAGAUGCACCUGCACAUCUCCGAGGGCGAGAUAAAGCGUCUCAAGGAGGACCUCGAGAAGAGCAGAAAGAAAUUCAAGAGUCUCACGAAGAAGCAGGAGCAGCUCCUGCGCGUCGCCUUCUACCUCUUACUGAACAUUGCUGAGAACACCGAGGUCGAGAGGAAGAUGAGAAAGAAGAAUGUCAUCGGGAUGCUGAUCAAGACCCUGGACAGAGUCAACACUGACCUUCUCAUUCUCGUCAUAACAUUCCUCAAGAAAUUGUCGAUAUUCAGGGAAAAUAAGGAUUCAAUGGCUGAGGACAACAUCGUGGAGAAGCUGCCCAGGCUCCUCCAGAAUAACAAUCCUGACCUCGUCCUGAGCACUUUGAAACUCCUCUUCAACCUCUCGUUCGAUGGGAAAUUACGGGGCAAGAUGGUGAGGGUGGGACUUCUCCCUAAAUUGGUGAAACUGCUGGGAGCCAGUGAUUCGCAGAAUAAGAAUACCAUUCUGGGACUGCUGUAUCACCUGAGCAUGGAUGACAAGGUGAAGUCCAUGUUUGGGAACAGCGAGUGUGUGCCCAUGGUGACUGACAUGGUCCUCGAGGAGGGGGAGGAGAGGACCAAGAGGGAGCUCACCGCACUUUGUAUCAAUUUGGCGUGUCAUAACAGGAAUGCACAGAUCAUGGUGGAGAAUAAUCGACUGCAGGGACUCAUCAGGAAGGCUUUCAAGAGCCAGGAUGCUUUGAUUAUGAAGAUGAUUAGGAAUAUUUCACAGCAUGAGAGCACUAAGGAGCAUUUUGUGGAAUUUGUUGGAGAUUUUGCAAUGGCCCUGACUCAAUCAGACUCCCAAGAGUUCGUCCUGGAGAUUGUGGGAGUCCUAGGGAACCUAGUGCUCCCGGAUUUGGACUAUGCGCAGAUCCUCCAACGCUGCAAUCUAAUCCCCUGGAUCAGGAAUAAUCUGGUCCCUGGGAAGGUUCAGGAUGAUCUGGUGCUCGAGGUGGUAGUGCUCCUGGGGACUGCAGCCUCGGACGAGGACUGCGCGAGGCUCCUCUGCAAGGCUGACAUACUGUUAUCAUUGAUUGAGCUGCUCAAGGCUAAACAGGAGGAUGAUGAGAUCGUCUUGCAGAUUAUUUACGUUUUUUAUCAAAUCGCUAUGCACGAGUCCACCCGGGAUUAUCUGAUCAAGGAGACUGGGAACGAGGCCCCGGGGUAUCUCAUUGAUCUCAUGCACGAUAAGAAUCCGGCCAUCAGGAGAGUUUGUGAUGCUUGUUUGGAUGUGAUUGCUUUAUGUGAUAAAGACUGGGCAGCCAGGAUUAAAGUCGAAAAAUUCAGAUCUCACAAUCAGCAGUGGCUAGAAAUGGUGGAGUCCAUUGCAAUAGACAACACAAAUCAUCUGAUUGUCGAUGAGGACGACAGUCUCCCACCCUUCAUGAGUGGAGAUCUUCUCAAGCACACGAUGCUGUUCCCCUCGGGGAAUUCCACUUCCUUCAUUACUGAUGAUGGGGACUCAGUCAUCAGAGGGGGGUUAGACUCUUCAGAUAAUUCCAGUCGUCCUGCGAGUCGAUACAGUCGAGACUUCGACGACAUAACAGACCUGAUGGCUCGCUCCAAGUCUCGAAUGUCAGUUGGUUCAGGUAUUGAGGACCUCUACCACAACCCAAAAGUGAAAUUCUCAGAGUCUGACAACUCCCACGUCCUAAUAUGAAUAAAAAAUGUGCUUAAUACCCACAAAUCUUUUCGACUGAGAAAAAGCACUAUGCUUACGUUUCGCGAGGAAGCUUCAAUCGAGCUGUGGAGAGAGACAGCCUAGUUGCAUGCACAAUUUGUAGAAAUUUAGAUUUUUUCCUUUGAUCUCUGAAUGUUUUUUUUAAAGAUAGUGCCUUUACGUUGUCAGAUGAUUCACAGUCUCGUAUUUUUAUGUCAGUGCUUUGUAAGAUCAACUCUCACAUUCAUGUUACUAGUCAAAGUAUUAUUUAAGGAAGUAUUUACCUGGAGAAUAAUUUAAUUGAAUUUAAUGAGACAUUCGAACAUAAAAUCAAUAAUUAUUGAUUGUUCAAAAUUUAAUCUCGACGGUCUUUUUACAGAACAUUUUCUGAGAAAGGAAAAACGUUAAAAUAAUUCAUUAAAAUGAUAAUUCAAUAGUGAAUAAUUGUUGAUAUUAUCGGAAAUUUAUUUGAUUCAAAUGAAUUGUUCAAUCAGGCCUAAAUGCAUAUUAAUUCACGUAGGAAAAAAUUUAAUAGAAAAACCUAGCAUAUUCUCUAAGAAAUUCAAUAGAAUUAUCAUAAAAGAUCUAUUGACUUAAAUAAAACCAAUAGAAUUAUUCUAUUGAAUAAUUUUAUCAGUUUUUUGUGCUAUUUCUGUUAGAGCUUAUGAAUCUUAACCGUGUCAUUUUUAUAGAAAAAUGCGAAUUAAUUUUCAUUUUUCUAUAGAAAUUCUUAAGAUUCAAUUUUCUUAUUUUUUUCACUGCAUUUUGUCUCGUAUCUCAUUAUAAAAUCCAAGAAAAAAAAUAUAAAACUCAUUGCAGAGAAUUCUUAUACUCUUCUGUAGACUCUUUUUCUGUAGACAAUAUCUAUUGACAAACACACGGUAAAGGUGCAUAAUUUUUCACAGAAUUAGAAAACAAAUAGAAUUUUCCAAUAGAAAUUCAAUUGAAUUUUCCAAAGAAAACUAGAUUUUUCUAUUAAAUUUCCAUACAUGCUAAGUAUUAAAUGAAUUUUAGAUCAAGUCUGCUAUUGUCGUUUCGAUAUUACGUAAUUUAUGUAAAUUAUUUAUUAAAAAAUCACUGAUCUCCUGCA